AUGCGUGUUGAUGUCUCCCCAUUCGACCUCCCCGACGAAGAGGACAAGAAAUCGCCGGUUCUGCUUUUAGGGGUCAACAAAAUAUCUGACUCCCCGUCGUUCGUGAGACGAAGAUCUACUGACCCUCACUCCACAGGCAGUAUCAGGUUCUUCAGACCACCUAAAUCGAAGUAUACCAGAGGUCUCCAAGGUGAUGAGAGACUGGAGAAAAUCCGCCAAGACCUAUUAGUUCACAAGCAUAAGCCAGACAAAUACAUUCCAAAAGACCACGACGUCUCCCUCGAGCCUGAAGACCGGAGAUGCAUAAAACUCAACUGCGUUGGCAACUGCAUUUGUGACAAAAAACACAACUCGUCAAACCGUGGCUCGUUCUCGUUUCACAGACCUGAAAACAGGCAGUCCUCUCUAUGCCCAUCAGAACCGUACGGUAAAACGGAAGAUAAGAAAGACUACUCUGAAAAUGAUAUAGAAUUCAAGUACACAGAAUACAUUCCAAAUUCUCAGCCUUCUAGCAGCAAACAGAGUUCGUACAACGUCACCCCAAAAUCGACUGAGCGUAGACAUUUCUUACUAGCGAACCUCAAUGAAAGGUUCCGCAAAACUCUCAGCCUAGAUUCUCGUAAAAUAGAAACCAACAGAGUCCCGCUAAGUCUCCCAAAGGAAUCUCGACCGAAAUCUCUCGUGAAUACGAGCAACAUUUGCGUGCAGAAUUUCAAAUCGGGUGAUCCGUUCGUGCAGUCAAAUUUUGACAAAGCCAGCCAGCCUAAGAAAAAGCGAAAGUCCUUUUUCUCCCUCGACACAUUCUUCGAUUCCAAAAAGUCUGAUACGUCGUCAAUCGAUGACUAUUGCUCGUCGAAGUACAAACGUUUCGAGCUAGAAAGCGAUGACUCACCGCUUUUCAAAAGGGAGAAUCAGAGGGAGAAGACGCCGGAUCUUCUAAACCUCCCGAUAAUAAUAGAUUCAGUGCGCAAGAAGCAGUCUUCUGACACAAAAAGACAGCUGGAAAAGCUCGAAAGUCAUUACUAUCGCAGCCUUAUUAAGACCCAGCCAGUUAUAGACGCGGUCCCUAAAGACGCGACGCCCCAACAAGGCCCGAGCGGACAUUCCAACGGCAUAUUCGUUGAUGAUGACGACGUGGAGUACAUAGAGCCUAUACGCAGCAACUUCACAAGCCAAAGCACUCUUAUAUUAGACAAAAAUUUGUCCGGGGAAUUUUCAUACAAUCCCGAUUCGAUUCUGACCAUAAACACAGAUGAAACCGACAUUAAACUGCCGAGUUCUACUGUCUCUCCGAAAUCUAAUGAUGUGAGGAAUCUGGACAAUGAUUUAGACAGCAUUGGGGUGUACGAAAUUGAAGUUAAAGAGACGGAUUUGUUAAAAGAAGGUGCUAAAGAGCUCACUGUAAAAGUCAUGGAUAAAUCGGUGGAUUCGAUUGGCAGUUGUUCCUUGGACGUUGACGCCAGCACAGACUUCUCAGAUACCACAUCUGGAAGUUUGAAUCUCUUGACGCCCUCGUCGACCACCAGCCGAAUCCGGGACUUCAACUCCCGGUUCCAGGAGAGAGCAGCGUCUAACCUCCAGCCCCCCAUCGCCCAGCAUCCCACGCCCACUAUCACCCCUGUCCGCACGCCUGACGACCCCACUCCAACCCCCAGAAAAUCUGAACACCUCCUCAAACCCCCUCCCAAAGUUCACAUAGACGCCGGCAGCCAUCGGUCUAGGGGACACCAUAAAAAACGAGACGAUAUCCCCCACAAGAAACCCAGCUAUCUAAACCUAGCGUGUUCUGUCAAUGGUUACACGAACUUAACUACAUACGACUCCAAACUUCGCCAGGACAUCAAUAAAAGUCGCGAAGCUUCCCCAAUAAGACCUAUCACACACACAUAUCAAUACAAAACCGAAAAUAACUCCCUUCUGGUACCCGUGCCGGUUAGCGCUAACAAACUGCUUGUUCCAACCUUCGGCCCCCAUGAUACACGAGCGGAUUUGACAGCGAAAGCGCCUGUCAAGGCGCAUACGGAUCCAUACUUGGCGACGUCACCACUACAUGUGUACAUGGCAGCGGAAAACAAACAGUUGAAGAACGAUUUCCUCGGAGCCAACAUGACGACGACGAGUCGACCUUACAUAUCGAGCGAGAGCAAGAAUUUUGCAGCUUCCAUGCUCCAUCAAAAAGACGAGGUCGAUAACACUAAAGAGCUCACCUUUAAAUCCAGCUAUUCAGAAACGAACUUCAGGAAAACCGUAACAAAUGGGAAGGAAUCAAGAUUCAGCUCGGAAUCCUAUACAAUAUCUUCAAACGGCGUCUCAAAACGCGUGGAAAUCACGAAAGAAAAUGGGGAGAAAUUGACCAGUCCCAUGAAGAGUUUCAUUCAACAAAGAGUGGAACGUCUGUACGGACCAGGGGCGUUGGCUCAAGGGUUCUUCAACCAGAAGAGGCAUAAGCUGCGAAGUCAGAGCGACGACGACGACCCAAAAGUGUUGACGGAGAAGUCCAUGAACUGUCCUGACAGAUUCGUGACGCCCAAGAAAUCAAAUAGCUUAGAGAGUGAAAAUUACUAUUCUAGUCCAAAUGGAGAGAUGGAUUCCAGUGUAUCCCUACCAGUCCUCAGGCAUCUGAGGCCAGAGUUCCGCGCACAGCUGCCGAUCCUAUCGCCAAAGAAGAGUUUGAAAGCAGAACUGUCGCCCCAGAAGUCCGAGGACAUUCCCAGCCCCCAAAAGACUGAAGAGUCGCGAGUAGUGACAGUGACAAACGGUGUAUCUGUGAUAAAAUUGGACGAUGUUAAAGACGAACCAGUGAGUGUGAACGGGAUGGGGAAUGGUGUGAAGGAGGUAGUGAAAGACGGACAUUACUUUUUGGAUGUGGAGAAGAAAGAGACGGAAAGACUGAUCGCGUUAGCCGCCACUGCUGAGAAGGAGUUGGAGAAUUUACAGGAUCAAGAAGUAAGUGAAGAAAUCCUGGGCUUGCUGAGAGCCGCGUCGGGCAAAGCAAGACUUCUGGCCACGCAGAAAAUGCAGCAGUUUGAAGGUCUAUGCUACAACAACAUAAACGAGCGUCUCGACGAACCCUUUCCGACCACCCUGGAGGACCUGCAAGGCUUCUGGGACAUGGUCUGUCUGCAAGUGAGGAACGUGGACGCGUUGUACGAACACAUCGCCCAGCUGAAGGCCAAUAACUGGCAAGAGGUGUCAUCCCCGACCCCUAAGCCGCCGUCCACGCCGUCAUCCAGCACGCCACGUGCUCGGGCACGCGCCACGCCUGCACUCAAGAAUGAAAAGGCGCGUUUAGCGGCAGAGAAACGGGAAGCUGAUAGGAAGGCCAUGCUGGAACACAGGAGGCGCGUGGCUCGUGAAAGACAAUUGGCAGCCCGUACUGCUGCUGCCUGCAGCCGCGAGCAAGAUCAAGACAUGGGCAUUGAGGGUAGUCAGGAGGUAGAAAUCUUCGUCGGCAAGUGCGCGAUACCCGCAGCGGAGGCGCCGCGUGGAGACGCCGCCGAGCACCGGGACACGCAACCCUGAGACAUGACCGCGCAGAGCCACAGACAAGCACCAUAGACUAGCGACACCAUAGACAACCGAGUGUAGACGAUACAACAACACAAGAAGACUAUACAACAAAACCAGAAGACUAAAAUCUGUGUUUAAAGAGUUUAGGUAAAUAAGUGAUUCAAAUUGAGCCACAGACAAUCACCAUAGACAAGACUAAAGUACCACAAAAACUGUUUAAAAUGGGCUAUGUAGAUUAUACGUGUUUGUAAUUAAGCCACAGACAACACCAUAGACAAACGAGAGAAGACUAUACAACCACAAAAACUGUGUUUUUAAAGGACUUUGUAGAUUAUGCGUGUUUGUAAUUGAGCCACAGACAACCACCAUAGACAAUGGACAGAAGACUAUAGUACCACAAAAACUGUUUAAAAAGAGCUUUUUAGAUUAAACAUGUUUGUAAUUGAGCCACAGACGACACCAUAGACGAUACAACCAUAAACAACGGAAAGAAGACUAAAAUCUGUGUUUUUAAAGAGUAGCGAGUUGAGUGAUUCAAAUUGAUUCACAUAGACAAGCGACACCAUAGACAACCGAGAGAAGACUAUACAACCACAAAAACUGUGUUUUUAAAGGACUUUGUAGAUUAUACGUGUUUGUUUUAAGAAGUUUAGGUAAAGUGAUUCAAAUUGAGCCACAGACAACACCAUAGACUAGAGACACCAUAGACAACCAAGAGAAGACUAUACAAAAGAAGAGACAUACUAUACAACCACAAAAACUGUGUUUUAAAGGACUUUUUAGAUUAUAUGUGUUUGUAAUUGAGCCACAGACAAUACCAUAGACUAGCAAGACCAUAGAAAACCGAGAGUAGAUGAGACAACUACCAAACCAGUGUUUUUAAAGUGCUUUGUAGAUUAAUGUUUCAAGUUGAGCCACAGACAAGCGAGACCAUAGACAACGGACUUUAGUACCACAAAAACUGUGUUUAUAGAGUUAAAAAAGACUUUGUAAGGAAUUAGGUGAUUGAAAUUGAACCAUAGACAACAGUGACAGUAUACUGUGGUACUAUAGCAUAGACCAGUGACAGGGGACUAUGGAAUCGCAGUGAAGUAACAAUAAACUGUGGAGCCAUAGACAAGUGACAGUGAACUAUCGCGAUCUGAUUGCAUGGCAGAUUAGAUAUUUGAACAAGUAACUGAAGAAUUAUUCGAAGUGUUUCCAUAUAAAAUGAACUACCUAACUUACUGUUAUGAAUUUUCCAAAUUCUCUCUCACCAUAAGGUCGCGGUAACCUAACCUAACCAAAACACGUAUAUUGCUGAAAUUAAACACUUUUAAAAUGUAAAUGUAAAAUUGUGGUCUAAAAUACAUGUACAGUCAUACGCAAAUGUGUCUAAGCUUCUAUGAAUUAAGAUAUGUACUUGUUAAUGUAAAUUAAAUGUAUUUUGCUGUCCAAAAUGAACUAAGCAUUUAUCACGCUUUAAAAUUAUGAGAGCUUUGCGGCCAUUUUGAGGAAUUUCGACUAUUUGUAUAAAAAAAUUUGAAAAUCAAAAGACAAAAUUCAAAAAAUAUCAAUCAAAAUCGUAACUUGCAUAAAGUUCUGUGUAAAAAAUUAUGUACCAGCAUGUUAACCUAAUAUAAACUGUAAAAAAAUAUUUUGAACUCUAAAUUGAAGAACAUUUAUUUGCUGUGGACUGUACUGUCUAUUAUAAAUUGCUUUGCGAACAAAUUGUACAUAAAUAUACAAAUAUUUGACGAAAACGUGUUAAAAAUCUACAAACACAACAUGAGCUUGAAAUAUUGUAUUUUCCCUGAAUUUUAUUAAUGUUACCCCUCCCAUUCUCAUUGUUAAACCUUAUUUAUACUAUACAUGUUAAUAAAAAUAAUAUAUUAUGCUUGUAAACAUCGAAUUUAUAAUAAUGGCAUCUGAAAAAGCGGUCAUGUGGUUUUGUAAAUUCUUUAGACAUUCUAUUAGACUGUUAAUAAAAUAAUAAUAUACUGUGGCAACACUGCGCAUUUAUAACAUUUUUAGGCUGGCAACAUUGUAAAUAUGAUUGUGUAUUGGGCGAUGGUAUGUAAAAUCCAUUUGACAAAAAGCACGGCGAUAUUGUUCUAACGAAUUGAUUGUAUUUACGAUGGAGUAGUAGAGUGAGGUAUACCUGUGAAGAGGGAGACAGCACAAUUGGCUAGAAAAAUAUACAUAUUCAUUUAUUUGAAGGUCUGAAAUAAUAAUAUUUGCACAUAUUUUUCUAGCCAACUGUACUUCGCGUUUUUUUAAUAAAUAAUUAUGAUACUCAAAUGGAAUAUAAAAAAUCGUAUUUUUACACCGUUUCUAUUGUCAUUUGUUUUUGUAUUUGAAAUUAUGGAUUGUCUGAAUAAAUUAUUAUGUUGAAGUGUACAUUUUUUCCUUGUAGAAUAUAUUGGCAUUUAAGGCUGGUUACAUAUUUGCGUUAUUUCUAUUAUAGUUUCAAUUUAUCAGUGGAUUACCAGCAGAAGUAUGCAAUCACCUCUGUUUUGUUCCGAGCGAUCUUAAUUUGACUAUUUCUAAAGCCAAUAAAAUUUUUUAAUCGCAAGUGUGUAGCUGGCCUAACACUAAAAAUAGUGGAAUACGAUUUUGUACAUUCCUUAUUUAUUAUUAUAUUUGACGACAUCAAGUAAUUAAGUAUUAAUCUAUACCUUAUUCUAAAUCUUGCUGUUUUGCUCACACUUUUACUGAAAUAUGAAAUAGAUUAUUGCACUUUUUAGGUGUACAUCACUUUGAAUAUGUCUAACAAAAUAUGCGCUGGUUUGUAUGUAAUUUGAAAAAGGUAAAUUAAAAAGAAGUUCAAUUUAUUCUUUUGCAUAGGGUGACCGUGAAAUCUAGAGUAAGUUGGUAUAAAUUAUAUUGAUAUCAGUUAAGUUUGAAUCUGUAGUAUUGCAAUCUAUCGAUUUUUUACCUCUUUAUCUGCUUGCUAUACUUGGUAGUUCAAAAUAUCUUCUAUUUAUAAAAAUUAUGUCCUAUAACUCGACUACUAAGUGUAAUGACUGGAAUAUGGAAAUCUAUCUUUCUCAAAUGACAUACAUAUUCGCGCAUAGUAAUUAUUAAUUUCGUUAUGUAGCCGGUAAGAAUAUGAAAUAACCGAAUUAUUAAAAAUUAGCAAAAUUUACAAAAAAUAUGCUUAUGAAUUUACAGUUUACACUUUGGAAUGCAAUUGACAAUGUUCUUAUUGUAUUUAUAUUUGUUAAAAUUUAUUGUAAUACCUAUGUUAUGUAUUUGAUAUUGGUUGAUGUUCGUAAUACUUGUCAGGUACAAGUGUUAAUUAUUAUGGCAUAUUUAUGUAUUUUAUAAAUUUUUAAGUACCAGAAAUAUAUUGCUACUACAUUUUAAACUUUUCCUGACCGAGGAGACAAAUAAUGAAAUAAUAAUUCUCUUUUUUAUCCAAACAAUUUUUAUUUAAUGGUUAAUUAACAGGUUGUUUAAUAUUAUACCACGCAAUUUGAAUCAGUUUAAAUAACUACAACUUCAUUUUAAAAAUCAAAUUAAAUCUUAAAAUUAACUUAAAAAAUAAACUUUAAUGAUAGAAUAUGAAAAUAAUUUUGUUAAAAAAACAUAAACAACAAUCAAUUAAACUUAUAUUUUGGUCAAUAGAACUCCGAAACAAAUAUUUUUAAAGCGAAUAAUUAUACACUAUGUGAUCCUUUCAUAAAUAUUUAUCUGAGGCAUUUCCAAAGUGUAGCCAUCACAAAAAAUAUACUAAAAUCCUUCACUCGCUUAAAAACAAAAUCCAUAGAUAUAAUCCUAAAAUGUAUAUCUGCUGAAUAUAUUGUAACUAUAAUUAUUGAUUU